AUGGUAGACCCUUUUGAACUUAAACCAGGCACUCAUAAAACAGUACCUACUUGGAUAGAAGCUACAAACUUUACUAUCCAAAAUUUGGGUGAUGAACAAGGUAAACUUUUAAUGAAACCUCUUUUCGUUUCAGCAGAAGCACAUUACAUUGGACCUCGACAAACUUUGAAUUUAAAGAAACAAUACUAUGGUUCACCUGUUAUUCUAACGAAUGAUGGUAACACAACUUUGAAAAUCUCUACCGCAGAAGAGAUAAAAAUGAAAUUAUUAUCUUCAAAGAAUAUUAAUUUUUUAUUUAUUUUAUUUUUAAGUGUCACUAUUAUAGAUGGACAAACUAUCAAGAGAUACAGGGUUCAAAAUCCAAAUAUAGUUUACAAUUCAAUUUGUGGUACGGUCCUCAGUUUAACCUUGGAAUCAACCUCAACUAUAAAUGAUACGAAUUUUCAAUUUUCACAAGGGAACUUCAAUCUUUUGAACUCUCCAUACAGGGCAGGGAACUUUCAAAUGUUCAUUCUUGGGUUAUCUUUUAAUACCGUACCAACUCAAAACACUUAUAGCACAAAUCUUACUCUCUCAAGUACAGAACCAGGUUUCAUAAAUGAAACAAUUUAUAUUGGUGAAGUAUAUUGUCAUUUCUAUCAAUCAUCAGAAAUUUCGAUAAAGCAACAGGGAGUACCUAUAUAUGAUGAAACUAUUCCUGGAAUUACCAAAAUUAUUCAAUUAAAUCUAAAUUCGUCAGUUUAUACCUCCAUUAACCCAACCGCAUAUUCUAUGACAUGUACCGUGGAUUCUCCUGUUGUCGACUGCAAUCUAGCCAGACUUAAUACCAAAGAUCUCAGUACAUUUUCAUUGAUAUUAAGUAGUCGUACGCAAGCUCCCGCAUUACAAGAUAUAUUUACUGUAUCUUAUAAAAUAACUCAAGGAUCCCAGGGAAGAACUAUUACUAUUCCAAAUUUAUUCCCACAUGGUAAGUUAUUUUUAUUCAUAUUAUUGUUUUAUCAUUUAUUGAUAUCAUUGAAUAAUCCUGCAGCACCAAGAACCACAAAAGUUGAUAAACUUGAAAUAUAUCCAACAUCUGGCACUGUUUAUAACCAAGAUCAAAGCCUUAGACAAGUCUCCACAAACAUGUUUUUGACUCUCACAAAUUCAAAUUCAAGAGUAUAUAUUCCAUUCUCCUCUGCAUAUCCUUCAUUUAAGAAUGAAAGUACAACUAUUUACUAUGGAGCAUUCGCAAUGCCAAACAAUAUAAGUCCUGGUAAUAUGCCAAUCUAUAUUACCGAUACCAGUGCAACUCUUAUUAAUGAUACAUAUAGUUUAACUUUCAAUAAAUAUGGUUUCACAACUAUUUUGAAUUCAAGCACAGUGUCUUUGGAUCAAGAAACUGAAUCCAGCUAUAUAGUCUUUACAUAUAACUCCUCGAUCUUAAAUAAUUUUGAUCAAACCUUGACUUAUGGAUCUUUGUAUUAUUCUUUAAAAGAAUGGUAUCCAUACUCAAGUCAAAACGGAAGAUAUUUAUAUAAUAUUGAAGUUCCUUUUUAUCCUUCAACUUAUAGUUUGAAAAUUAAUUCUAUAUUUAAUUCUGCUACUAAUUCUUUUAUGGUUCCGCCUGCUCAAGUAAAUGAUGAUACAUAUCAAAUAGAGUCAGUUGAAUUCAUACCUGUAUCUGCAUUUACCGUUCUACUCAGAAUUAGAGUAAGUGCCAACAAUCCAAUUGUAAAGAUUGUUUUUGGUGAAAAUUCAUUGUCAGCCAAUAAUCUAAUAGAUGGAAAUAGUCUCAAUGGCACUUAUGAAUUGGAAUUCUUCCCAAGAUCAAUUCAAGAUUACUUUAUUGCGGUCUACACCAAAAACAACUUGAAUGCAGGUUUCAUAUUCUACACUGACACUCCAUACAAUAUGAAUGGUGAUAUUUUACCAAAGAUAUCAUUGUAUGAUAAUUUGGUUUCAAAUAUUAUGAUGAAUAUUACAUAUUUAGAAUUCAUUCCAAAUAAUCUUGAUUUAUCUAAAGGUGGAAUCGAUAUUAAAUUGUAUUUCAAUCUCACUUUAGUGUUGGAGAAUUUCAAACCUCAGUUUAAUCUCCCUUUUUACGAUAGAAAUUUUAUUGGAUAUUACAACCAUACUUUGAUGUUGUAUCAAAUUGAUAUUUCAAUACCGGAAUCUGUAACGAUGGGAGAACUAUAUUAUUACUUAAAGUUUGGAUUUGUUGAAGACAACAUGAUACCACACUACAAUCUUCGUUCUUUCAUUGGUCAGAACGCAACUUUGAAUAUAUCUGUAUCAAAUGGUGGAGACUAUUUAUCACCAAUCAUUAACUCAAUCACUGCUUUUCCAAGUACCAACAUCACUCUUGAACCAGAUAGUAUAUCAAUAAUUGGUUGGGAUUUCAGAAUCACUGAUUUUAUGAAUGGUUUCGUAAGUGGACAAAUUGAUGUGAUUUCAGACUUGGAUUUAUUGCCAUUGGUUAUCAAUUUUAAUUCAUCCGAUAUGAUACCAGGUUCUGGUGAUCCUUUGAACGCAGUAUAUAGAAUCCGAUUCCAGGUACGAGGUGACACUGUAUCUCAAACCUAUACUUUUACAAAUAUUAUUCUAAAAGACACACUGGGUGUUAAAACCCCAAUCAAUUCUCCACUGAUGACAAUAUAUGGAACACCAAGUGAACAACAAAUGAAGAUCACUGUUAUUCGUAAUAAUAAUAUUGUUGACGAUCGUCCACCAAUUUUACAAAACAUUACAUUCACUCCAAUCAUUGAUGUAACUACAAUGGAUAGAACAAUUGAAUUUAAUAUUAUUAUCAUUGAAGAUGUCAAUGAAUCUGGAGUAUCAACGAUCCACACACCAGUCAUCCAUCUAUCAUCAGAGAAUGCCAAUUCAUUAAAGAUUAACACUCAAUACAUUGGAGGUCAAGGUGGAUACUAUUAUUUCAAUGCGACAUAUCAACUUCCAUUUGGAUUCGGUUUUUCAAAUCUUUUUGUUUCUGUUUACGGAAUUGUCGAUAAAUAUCUAAACUACAUAGGUUAUACUGCAAUGGAUCUCAAGAAUAGAAAUUUACCAUAUUAUAUCAAGAGAGUAUCUACUUUGACUACACCUAUUAUUGAAAGCUCAACAGAUAUUACAAACAGAGGUGGAUCAUUGACAAUCUAUGGAAGAUCAUUUGGAUUAACAAACAACAGUCUGACUUCACAAAUCGAUUAUCAAGAUGGAAAAGGAUAUCAAAAUAUUAAUGUUGAUUUCCACUCUGGUAUAAUCUUGCAAUACAACAGGAUAAAACCUAUCAAUUCUAAUUUCAUAAAGUUCAAAGUGAUCAACAAUCAAAUAUCAUCGAAUGAAAUCAUCAUACCAGUGAUUCAGCUAUACACUCCUCCACCAACUUCAACACCAACAACAACACCAUCAAAAUGUCCAGGAACACCAUCAUGUAACAACAAUGGACAAUGUAUCAAUUCAAUUUGUCAAUGUUAUCAACCUUGGUAUGGUCCAUCUUGUUCUUCAAAGAAUAUAAUUGUUCCUAUUCCACCAGCAUAUCCAGAACCAACAACAGGAACAAACAUAACAGAAUCUGGAAGUUUAAUCACAACAUCGAUUGAAAUCAUUGGAAUCAGAGAAUUGGAUGAUAUCAAUAAUAUCGUUGAACAAUUCAAUAUCAGCAAUUGGAAUUUCACAGACCAAACAACACCAACAACCAAUCCAAAAUAUUUCUAUUCAACACAAAUCAAUCAACGAUCAACCAUCUUAAAUGUGACAAUCGAAUAUUUUAAACAAUCAACAAAUAUCACAUUUGCAAAUCAGAAUCUAUUCAUUCCACAAUCAACAAUCAAAUUCACAAUGAAUCUGAAUUCAUAUCGAUUCAAACAACCGACCAACACAUUACAAAUAUUGAUGAAAGCAGCAAUUGAAAGUGAUCAAUCAGAUGUUUGUUCAUCAUCUGGAUUUGGAUCAGUGAAUGGAUCGAUUCAAUGGAUCAAAUUGAAUGUUGGAGAUCAAAGUCUUUAUGGAAGAUUCUUAUCCGAUGCCGUUAUUGACAACACAGUUACACCGAUCAAGAAUGUUAUCAUUGAUCAAGAUGAUAUCGAUUCAGAACAAAACAAACAAUUCCGAUCAGCAAUUGUUGGAAUCACAAUUCCAUCAUACUCAGAUUCUGUCGAUUUAGAUCCUGAUUUCUCGAAUCUCAUUGAUGUUGGUUCAAGUGACACAUCCGAUUUCAUUUGUCCAAAGAAAGGAUUAUCGAAUGGUGCGAUUGCUGGUAUCGUUGUUGGUGUUGUUGUAUUUGUUGCCAUUGUUGUUGGUACAACUAUGUUUAUCAUAAAGAGAAAGAAAUAUAGACAACAAGAAAUAAUAAAUAUGGAGAUUUCCUCUAAAUAUCUCUUUUUAAUUAUUACUUUUUUUAAUCAUUUAUUUUACAUCGAUGGAAUCUCAUUUAAUUUCUCAUUGGGUAGUAAUCCGACUUUGAUGACAACGUUUGGUUCAUGUGUUUAUGAAGUUACUUUAAUUUCGGAAUUAAAUAUACCACUUAAAAAGAGUGAUUUCGUAAUUAUUGAUAAUGGUUUUUCUAUGACUAUGAACAAUGACAUCAUCAAAGAUGGUGACAAACAACUUCUUUCAUUUUCAGGAUCAUUUCCAAGGAAACCAAAUAUCGAUCGAUACAAUAUAUCGAUGAAUGUGACUAGACCAUCCGACCCAUUGUUUCCAUCAGGUUACAUUUUAACACUUGGCGAAUUCAUUUGUAAUGGUAAGAGUAGAGAUAUAUGA